AUGCCGGUGGAGGAGGCCGACCAGAUCUACCUGCUCAUGAAGGAGGACUACCGCAUCUCCAGGAAUGUGCGUCUGGCCUGGUUCCUCAGCAAGCUGAAUCAAAGCAUCAGGCCGGCCUCUCCGUCUGAACUGCAAACCUCUGAGAAUGAGCUGGACCUGAUAGCUGUCCAUCCCAAGGGAUGGCAGCCAGAAUCCCCCCCCACCACAGACCCCUGCACGUUGAUGCCGUCCACCCGGGCAACCUUUCUGGCCCGCCGGUACCGCUUCAUCAUAGAGCUGGACCUCAGCCCUUCCACAGGGAUUGUGGACGACAGCACAGGAGAGAUGAUCUUUGAUGAAGUCUUUCACGCCUUGUCCAAGUGCCUGGCUGGGCUGGCUCAACCCUUCAAAGUUCCUGGAACAGAUCAGCUUUUCAGGCCCAAAAUCUUUAUCACCAUUCUGGUUUAUUCCUCAAUUAUUGGUCUCACUUCACCCCAGGUUCUGGUGCAGGGCUGUCAGCUCGAUAAAACCAAUCUGAAGGAGUUCGUUCUUCAGAUCUACCAACAGCUCAGAAAUCUGGAGAGCAACACGGCAAAGGUUCUGCAUCAGCAACGGCAACAGAUGGUGGAACCAGGACUGGGACUGAGCAGCAGUGUGGAGGACCAACCCCCCAGGAAUCAGGGGAUGUCGGUGGUGUCUGCCGAUAUGGGGCUGGUCAGCAUGGUUCGCCAAGGGAUCCUGGCCCUCCAGCUGCUGCCUUCUAACUCCAGUGCAGGCAUCAUCAUCAUCACUGACGGUGUGACCAGCGUUCCUGAUGUGGGCGUGUGCGAAACGCUGCUGAACCAGCUGAGGAGUGGAACCAUCACAUGUUCCUUUGUGCAGGUCGGCGGUGCUUACUCCUACGACUGCAGCUUCGGCUACAUCCCUAAUGUAGAGCUGAUGAAGUUCAUGUCUUUGGCCACCUUUGGGUCCUAUUUGCCCAGCUGCCCUGAAGUAGACAAGAACAGCCAUGAGAUGAAUGCCUACCACAGGGCCUUCCUGACCUACUCCUUCCUCAAGACCCCAGAGUCCAUGAACUCCGAGUUCUUCUGCGUUUCCCAAGACAAACUCUUCAAUGAGCACCUGGUGUCGGCCAGCGGUAACCCCGCCCUGGUGAUGAGGAGAAAGAAGCACACAGAGAAAGAGGUCCACGCUCAUCUGAUCAGUGCCGUGUCCGUGAGGCUGAGGGAAGGCUACACCGUCAGAGACAUCAGCCUCACCAAAGGUGGAACCCAGCUGGAGGUGAAGCUGGCUUUGCUGUGGAAACACAACAUGCAUAUAGAGUACCUAGCAGCCGCCACCUGGCCAUUAGACCCAUCCAACAGGAGCACUAAGGUGGAGGUAACCAUGGAAGGCAGCUACGACAUCCUGCACGAUAUCAGCUGCACGCAGCGGAAGCCCAUCACCAGCCCGUACCGCACCUCCGUCAUCCGCCGCUUCUGGAACACGCUUCAGAGCAUCAACCAAACUGACCAGAUGUUGGUGCAUCUGCAGUCGUUCAAUUCCAUCCCGGAGAAUUACACCAUUCCAGAGAGCACCAAAAACGGAGUCCCUCUGUUCUACAUCCCUCCUGGCUCCACCACCCCGGUUCUGUCUUUGCAGCACGGUGGAUCCAAAGACCCGUCUCAGUCCCAGUUUGCAUCCUACUGGAAACCCAUCCUCUCCAUGGACACCAACUUCUGGCAGAGAUGGUUUCACAUGCACCGCAUCGCCAUCAUCCUUGAACAUGACUUGCCUGUCCCUAAACAUCUGCACACAGCUGGUAACAACGGCCGCUACAGCACCAUCCAGUGCCGGAUCUCCCACUCUGCCCUCACAUCCCUGUUGAGGGACUGCAGCAGCUUUGUGUUGGUAGAAGGUUACUCUUACGUCAAGCUCAUUUACGGUCAGUCGGAUCAGGUCCCCUCGUCGUUUUACCUGGUCCGCCUGAUCUCCAAGACUCCCUGCAUGGUUUUGCGUCUGGGCUUCCCUAUUGGGACACCGGCAAGCAUUCGAAACAAGAUUGUAGAAGAGCUGCGGGAGCAGAUCCUAAAGCUUCGCUUCCCUCACCGUGUUCAGAGCAAGGAAGCAACUCCAAAGACCAAGAGGAAGACGGGUGGACAUGUGUCUCCAUCUAAAGCCCCCUUGGUUCAAGUGACCAAGCCUGCCCUGUCUGACAGACCUUGUGUGGUGCUCCUCAAUAAACCUCUGGAGAAGUUGCUUAUAAGGUAUGACAAGCUGCCGCUGGACUUCAGGACUCCCUUCAUCUUCAGCAUGGAGAAUUUCCCGGUGCCUUUUAACAGCACUGUGCCUCUUAGCAUAGCAGCCAACCGGACGGCCUCCUCCACCCUGGCCUCGCUGUCGCGCUACUUCCUCCACAGGCGCUGGGUGUGGGCCGUGCAGAGCAGCCAGGGGGCAGCGGUGACCACACAGGCCAUCGCUCACAUCCUUUCCAUGCUCUCAGAGAUUCGUCUGUCAGAAGGUUUUCACUUUGCUGCCAGUGGGGAGGGCAUUGUUAACAUGGUGGUUGAGCUGCCUAUGAAGAUCUCAGGAGACGACCCAGACCAGGAAGGACACUCCUGCAUCGUUCAGUACAUUUUGUUUCCUCCUCACUCCCCCUCCAGUAAGGACAGCUUCUCUACCGACGACGACAACGACACGGAGGUGGAAGCUGUGGACAUAGACAUGGAGCUGAACCUGGUAACGGAAUGCUGGGUGGAACCUCAGAGUGGCUCAGUGCUGAACUGCACGGACCAGCACCGACACUUCCAGGGCCUUGAAUACCAGGACAUUCCACUAGCGAUUUUCCCCAGGGACCUGGCCUGCAUGUCCACCAUGAUGACCUUUGAGUAUUUGAACCAUCUUUGCCUUAACAAGGAGCAGGUCUGCUCACUACCCUCUGCACAAAGGGUGGAGCAAGCAGAAGUCUCAACGCUGGAGGAUAGCAUCCAGAUGGUUCCCUUCCAGUUUGAUCUCAUACAUCUUCUUCCAAACUGCCAGCAGGUUGAACUCUUCUUCCUAACAUUCACUGCAGAUAUAGAAAAUGAAGAUCUGGGUCAACAGCCCCCCACCCUUCCCAAUGAGCUACUGCUCAGCCUCUUCCACAGCAGCCUGGAGCAGGAGCUUAGUGACAGAGAGGUGCCGCUGGCUGCAGCUGACCACGCUGCCUUCACCGACCAUGUUGUGGAGCGUGAACGAGACGGACACGCCGCUCCUUUUUCGCUGUCGCUGGUUAAAGAGCGAAGAGACACAGCCGACAGUAGCAAGGAGGUGAUGGGAUCUACAAGCACCUUACAGAGCUUCAGCAAUGCAGAGCUUGUUGAUGAGGAGCCUCUGUUCAGAGAGAGGGCUUCCUCUGUCCCACAGUGGAGGUGCUACGCCAAGUACAUCAGCUCCCAGCAGCUUUUCCUCACCUUCCUCCCUGCUACCUUCACAGAUGUCCUGAUGCUUAUGGCAUCAGGAGCUGAGCCUGGAGGUAUGGUCAGCACACAAGAGGACGAUACUCUGACUCCCAGCAACAAGUCUCAAGAAGACUCUCUGUCAGGUUCCACCAGUGGACCCGACAGGUCAGAGUCCACCCUGACCUACCUGGUCUCUAAGCUGUGCAGGAGCUCUAGCUGUGGGAACAUCUCAGCCAGGUCCUCCCUCAUUACAUCCCCAUCUGAGAGUCACACUGAGCCUGAGGACUUGUCGCCUGUUUACGCGGACAGCAGGCAGUCAGAGGUGGAGGCUGGGACACCGGAGUCAGAACCUGUGGGAAAAGAAGCGGUCCAAUUUUCCGAACCAAAGAAAGAAAAGUUGACCUUUGGUUUCAGCAGGCAGGUGUCCCAGCAGAGCACCUCCAGCAGCGGCCAGUUGAGGUGUCCACUUUAUGUGUACAACUGCUCACUGGAGAACCUAAAGGAGCAACUGGUGCACCCCAACUCCCGCUGCCAGCCCAAGGACAUCUUCCUCAGGUCAUUGUCUCAGGACCGCAGUGGUCUGUCCAGCUGGACAGACAUCCUGUCUCAUCCUCAGAAGCAUAAGGAGCUGGCCAACUACUGCAGCCUGCUGCAGGAGCACUACCACCAGAGUUAUGUUAGAGGUGUGUACCGCAGCCUGCAGCAGGCCUGCAGCAUCAGCUCCCCAGACAUCCUCCUGGCCAUGGACUACUGUGAAGAGUCUCUUCAGGAGAUCGACAUCACGGCUUUCCUUCAGACUCUAUGUGGUCACAUCAGGGGCUUUAAGGAGAGAAGCAGGACUCAGAGACCUGGAGGAGGUCCACAGCUUAGAAGAAUGCCUUCCUUCAGUAUCGGACCGGUGGACGAGAUGCCCACUAAAACCAGCACAGGCGUAGCCAACUCCUGCAGCAGCAGUGAAGUUGAAGACAGUUCUGAAGGUGAAUCUAAAGGGAAGGCUUCCCAGCAGAACCAGGAUGAUCCCAAACUCCCAGCCUUUCCUCUGACCCUGCUGCAGACGGAACCUAGGUGUGACGUGUACCCAGACCUGCACAAAAUCAUUCAGGAGAAGUUUUUGAGGAUCCUGUCUCAGCACUUUAAGAGCGUCCCGUCCAACCCGCACUACUACUUCUAUUGUCCUCUGUCGGCCCAGAAGGAGGUGGACUCUGAGGACGGUGGCCAUGAGAGGACGCCCAGCGAGGAGCCGACAUCAGACGCCGAGCCCACCAGUGAGGAAGAGAACGCAUGCGGCUCCUGUUUGCUGGAGAGCGACCCGGACCUGGAGGUGGCGUACGAGGAGCAGGCAGGAACCAGCUCCCAGUCGGACUCCAACACGGUCAACCAGGACCAGGACUCCUUCAGCAUCCUGGACGGAGAGUCUCUACUGGAGGCCGAGGUUCUGGUUCCAGACCUGCCCCCGCUCUUCCUCCAUGUCACGUGUUCAGUUAACAUGAACGGCGGCCAUGGAUCCACCCCCACCCGGACCCUCCCCACAUGCCUCGGGCAGAUCAUGUCCUGCUUGGAGAACCCAGAGCACCUCCAGAUGGUGGACCUGACGGAGCUCUCAGUGACCCUGGACGUGUUCGUUUUGACCCUUCCCCUGGAGAUAGAGCUCAUGGCCGAUUACCACCACAACAGGUACACCUCAGAGAGCAGCGUCUCCCUGAGCCGAUCUCCGGGCCUGCCCUCCUCUUACCGCUCUGAUGACGAGCAGAUGGCGGCGCUGGACGGCCUCAGAGGGUCUGGAACAGAGAGAGUCUCUGGGGAUCCCUUGUCUAAGUUCCCACUUACCCACAGACUGGCGGUUCUGUCCACGCUGGAUGAGAUCCGCUGGCUGCUGGAGGACGAAAUCGUUUCCGCUCUGCGUCACUCCCGGGUCAUCGCCUCGGCAACCCUGAAUAAAGUGGCCGAGCAUGUGUUCCAGUCCAACGGACGGCCGCACUGCCACUGUGAGGAGGUUCCCCUGCAGUUUGUCUUUGGGCCAGAACAGUCACUGGAAAAGUUCAAAGAGGAGUUCUCCAGAUUGUCGUUCUCUGGUUACAUUCUGAAUGGAGUGGAGGACAACUUCUACUACAUGUCCCUGAGCAGACACCACCCAAAGAGGAUCCAGGCCAACCACAGGUUGUCCCAAACCACCACCACACCCCCACAGGACCCUGAAGAACACAUGGAGCCUCUGAUGCUGGACAGAGAACCAGAAGCUGGGAACAUCCGGCAGGCUGCCUUCCAUCUUCAUGCAGAUCCUUUCAGGGAGCCUUCUACUGCUGCUACAUCAGAGGCUGGAGAAACGGCUGGAGCCAAGAAGCUGGACUCGGCAGACGUGGCGAGCUCGAGCCCCCCCCAGCCCGAGUCCACUUCUCCCCCAAAGACGGCCUCCAGCGUUAGCCUGGCCGAGUCCUCUCACAGCUGCAGCAGAACCAGGCCCAGUCGUGUCCAGAGCGUCGUGUCCAGCCAGGGAAGUCUGGACUCAGACAUGCAGGGCUACGAUGGCGGCAGCAGCGACUCAGAGUGUGAGAGUCCAACCUCUGACGAGCAGGAGGCCCGCUCCCCUUCAAUGCCAGACUUCUGGCUCAUCGUCAGGAUCCAUCUGGACCGAGUGAAGGUCUAUUCCCAUGCCAGGUCGAUGAGCGAAGGCAAACAGCUGUGUGCUGAGGAGCUAGGCGGGAAAGAGGAGGAGCAGGAGCUUCCGGAGUUCCUGGAGCUGCAUCAGACCAUGGUCAGGAGGAUCGGCGAAGUGUGCCGCGUCGUCAACCAGCGCAUGCUGCUCCAAGACCUGCAUGACAGCCAUAUCUGUCACACGCUGCUGGUGGCUGAGAGCGAGGAGGACAUCUGGAAGAAUGACUCCCUCUUCAGGCAGAGGCAGAACACCUCUGAUGACUAUGGUACAGAGGAGAGCUACCAGGCCAGAGACUACCUGGCUGCCACCAUGCACUUCAUCCCUGGACACUUUGCCUGUGACGUGGUGUGGAGCACAGUCAUCCACAUCCAUCCACGACUGAAGAUGGGACCCAACAUGGGGGUGUCCAGGGCGAUCCAGGCCCUUCGCUCCGUGCUGAACUCCUUCUCUAUAGUCAACAGGAAGAACAUGUUUGUCUACCAGGAGCGUACGACUAAAUCUGUCUUUUACCUCCGACUGUGUGAAACCUCACUGACGAGCAGAUACCCUGACCUGGAUGGAAACCUUCAUAUGCCCCCCCGGCCCUUGGGGCUGGUUAGAAGCCAGGAACCUGUUAAUCCUGAAGACCAGAUGGGCCCCAGAUCUUCAAUUGAAGGCUCCCGUCCAGUAGGACAGGUGGACAAGCACAUCCUGCUGCUGGUGCAUGGAGUGGGGAAUGCAGGUCCAGAGAUCACAGAUGAGCUGGUCAAGUUGCUUCGGAAGCGUCUGGAUGAAACCACCUUGGACAUUAUCACAGUCAUGCUGGUUCGGAACUGUAAGCUGACUCCUGCUGAUGUGGAGUUUAUCCAGCCCUCAGGAUCGCCUGCCACUGGGAUAAUGACCUUCGUCCUGCCACAGUACUGCCUCUCCUGGCUGUCUACCAUAGCCCACUACCUCAGGCAGAACCUCCUGAUCUUCCUGCAUGUACCCAAGUAUACUGACAGCAACACAGCACAUCACUUCAAGCAUUACUUUCCUCUGAGUGGCGACUCGGCUGACUCUGAUAUAUACCUCUACAACAAGCCUGGAGGCCAGGGCACAGGAGGAAAGGGUAUUGCCUGCAUUGCAUUGUCCUUUGUGGAUGCUGAAGGGCAAGCCCUCCAGGCUGCAGCUCAGAGCAGCCCCCCCACGCCCAGAAGUGAGCCCUGCCCCAUUCCUUUCCACCCUGAACAUUUUGAGGAGCUGACGACUGUGAUGAAAGCAGAAAACAUCAGCUCCAGAUCAGCCCAGCUUUAUGUGCGCUUUGACAUUUGGGAACAAGGGAACAUCAGCCCCUUACAGCUGAGCAAUAAACUGCAGGGGGCGCUGCGCCAUGCGCUCUGUGACGCCAUCAUGGAGCUUAGGGUCCUUCCCAAUCCUCUCUGUGUUGGUGUCCAGAGAGAAGAAACUAAAGGAGCCUCUCUGGCGGAGGUGAAAGAAAGCAGGGACAGCCCCAGGCAGCGCAGCGGCUCACGGGCCUUCAAGGUCGGCCCUUCUCCCAUCAACCUGACCCAGCCUGCCGGGAGCAACCCGCUGGCCGGUACCGGCACCUCAGAGUCCACCACGCCCACCAGUAAAAGCACCCGCCGCAGCUUCUGGGACAUACUGAGCAAACCCGACUCGGCAGAACUUGGCAUCCCCAAGACCACGGAUGACAUCAUCCAAGAGAAAGGGGAGGAGGAGGGGCGGGCGGCGCGGCGCAGACACAAGACGGAGAACGUGAAGCAGCAGUGGAGUCAGGAGAGGGCGGCGGAGCUGGAGCAGGCUCAGAGGAGGCAGCUGCAGGAGGGCGACACCGGCACCCUACACCACGUCUACCAGGACUGCUGCCAGGCAUGGAUCAGCUUCAUGGCCAAACUUGGCUGCCCCUCCAUCCAGCAGUGCACGGCCGGCAUUGCCUCCAACUUCCUGCUGCCCUCCAUCCUGACUGAGAUCUCCAACCUGGUCAGCUCUCUGGCCGCUGACACCACUGUGAAAUCCUUUGAGAGGACCAGCUCUCCCUCUGGAGAUGUGUUCGUCCCCGUCCUCCUGGUCCAGCAGCUCAGCCACCCUCCAGACGCCAAACGAAGCUUCAUUCUCAUUGGACGAAACUUCCACCAGUGGCACUGCUGCACAGAGCCAGACGACAGUUCAGAUGAGGAAAGCUGCGCAGGGCUAAAUAGGUUCACACCUCUGAAAGGCUUCCAGCGCUUCGAGGCCCCGGAGCAGAGCGACUCCCUCAGUCCUAGCCAGGCCGAGGCAGGACAGGCCCCCAGGCAGAGGUUCCUGUUCAUCAGCAUCCAGGACAAAAGGGUGACUCUGUUCAGCUAUAACUGGUCCGUGGAUCUAGGCGCCGCCCUGAACCGCGACUUGGUGCGUCUGGUGAAGUGGCAGAACGCCAGGGCUCACGUUGUCCACUGCCUGUUCAACCAGAAGAUGGGCCUCUUCCAUCACUUCUGCUUCUCCGACGCACCGCUGCAUGAACUGGACUCCAAGCUGGAUCCAAACCCGUUCCUGGGCCCCUCCAUGGAGCCCGACGCCCUGCUGCGGAGCGCCGUGGCCCCAUCCCCCAGCAAGGAGCAGGGGAGGCUGGGCGGUUCUGGACGCAGUCUGGCUCCGCUCCAUUUCCCCUCAGAGCUGCUGCCCUUCGACGAGGCUCUGAGGGACGUCUGCACCAUCAGGCCCCUGAUGGAAGGAGACGCUGUGCUUCGACACGGGAACCAGCUUCUGGAGAUCAAGGCUGCCGAGCGCAGAGAGAUGGAGAAGCAGAUGAAGAUAGAAAACCUGUUUGUGACGUGGCAGCAGAGGUCGGCCCAAUCUAACAUGCCCAUAUCAGGGACCGACCUGGACACUCUGAAGCAGUCCUCCAGGCUGGUCCACUACUGCGCCACCCCGCUCCUGUUUGACCCGGGCUUCAGGAAGCAGAUCCAGGAGGAACCGGGCUUUGAGCCCGUGGUGAAGAAACGCCAUCGUUCCAGCGACUCCACUGCGUCGGGCCGAGAUCGGAGCUGCAGCACGGAUUCGGCCGACAUGCUUCCCAGCCGGCUGAAGGAGGAGCCGUGGCUGCUGGAGAUCUCCAACACCUUCCUUCAGCAGUACGUCCAGUACCUGCAGAGCAUGGGCUUCAUCCUGGUCCAAGUCCGGCCUCCAUCUCCUGCUCGCAGCGUUGCCAGGGCGCGCGCCGCACUGCUCAGCUCCAUGUCGCUGGAGGGAAGGAUGUCUUUCUCCUAUGUGAAGCAGAAGAGUGAGGACAACCCUAAGGCGUCAGCGGCUGGCACCGCCUCCUAUCACCUCCAGAGGGCGCUGCCAGGAGGGAUCGUGCUGAUGGAGCUGGCCUUUCAGGGAUCCUACUUCUGUGUCAAGCAGUACGCACUGGAGUGUUCCCGCAUCCCCAUGGGUCAGACGGUCAACUCCCAGGGCACCCUCCUCACCAAACCUCGUUGCAAGCCGUUUCCAGACGCCGCCCCAGUGUGUGACUGUGCGCUGUCCAUGCUCUUCACUGAGGAGUGCGAUAAGGUUCGGGACCUGAUGCACGUCCACUCCUUCAGCUACGACUUCCACCUGCGGGUCGCUCACCAGUACUUGGUCGGGUGCCACAUGACGCUUCGACAGGGCUACCAGCUCACAGACUUCCUGGAUGACUUCAUCUGCCAUUACCCGGAUAUUCCCAAGUUUGGCCGCAAUCACGUCUUUCAAGGAAGCUUCUCGGUCUCCACGGCGAUGAUAACAGCCCACCAGCUCUACAACUACAUCAUCGACCACGCCAGCACGUACAACAUGAAGCCUCUCCGCAUGUCCAAGGCCGCAGCCGCUGCUGACAGCAGAAAGGGGAUGGCAGACCUGCAUGAGUACGCGCUGGUAGCUCUGUGGAACAGUUCUGGCUCCUACAAAGACCUGGAGGGCCUCCACCACCACGACGACUUUGACGUGUCUCUGGUGGUCUGCCAUAAUGCUGCUCCUUUCGAGAAUCAGUCUGAUGGGGAGAGGCAUUUGCUGAGGCUGCGGUUCUACGUCAUCAUGACCAGUCAGAGGGAGCUGUUCCCCCAUCUCACCGCAGACAUGCGCCGCUUCAAGAAGCUGCCCCAGAUCUACCGGGAUCCCAACGAGCAGGGCGGUCGCCCCCCCCGAGAACGAGCAGAGAGCAGCAGCUCAAAUGGAGAAGGCCAAGACCUCUGGGAGGAGAGGACCUCUGAAGGUUCUGCUAUCUCGGCUCCCAGCGACGGCAACGAGUUUUAUCCUCUGACAGGAGGACGGCCGGGGACCCAGGGGCUGCUUUACGGCUCCCCUCUGUUCCCUCUGCUCAAUAACGAGGUGGCUUCAGCCCGCAAACAGAUCCAGGCCAGCGUGGAGCAGGCCAUGGGUCACUGCCGCCGAGACAACCUGUGGAGGAGGCUGUUCCAUGGAGACCAUGUGGCCCUGGACAAGCUGAAGCUGGCCAGGCUGUCCUUCACAGAGCUGGAGGAGCUGCUGCAGGCGGUUCAGAGUCACUCAGUGGGGGACAUCGACCCCCAGCUGGAUUAUUUCCUCAACAUGAGUCCAGCGUGGUACCAGAGCCUGAUCAAAGUCCUGUUGACCCGAUUCCCUCAGAGCUGCAGACACUUUGAUGAUAACGGCGUCCAGUAUCUGGCGGUUCUGAACCAGAAGUUCACAGACUGCUUUGUGUUGGUCUUCCUGGACAUCCAAGCAGGAAAAACUAGCCUGAAGGUUGUUUUCCGAGAGCCGCUGCCGUCUCAGCCUCAGGCCAGCAACAGUCCUCCUCCUCAGCUGGUGUCCAUGUACCACCACCUGGAGUCCGUCAUCAACACGGCCUGCUACAACCUGUGGACUGGACUGCUGUAGAGCUGAGCCCAGCCGUGCCGCUCAGGUUCACCCAUGACUGAUUGACCAGGGGGUGCUUGGAGUGAGCUGAGGUGUUCCAGGUUUGAUGGUCCGACUUCCAACUCUGCUGGUUCUGUUCUGAAGGAAACCGGCUCUACAUGACGAUGUGGUGUUAGGAGGUCUGCAGGAGCCAACGGCAGCUCCAGGUUAUGGACUUCCUGUUUGCCGCUCAUCCCGAUGGCUGGAACCAUGAAGGGACGGCUUGUUUCUGAGGAGGCUCACAGUCCGCCUGAGUCUGAGAAUGGAUCAGAACCAGGUCUGUCCUGAGAACAGGCUCUGGGCAAAAUGCUGCACUAAUGGAAUCCCUGUGUAAAUAAGCUAAACUUUCUACCUAAUUCUGAUGAACUGAAUGCAUCAGGAGGCUGAAUAAAGUGGGUCUGAAGUGUGCAGAAACCUUUGGUCUCUUCCUGUUUCUGCUCCAGAGAAAAGGUGGUUUAAUGUGAUGCUGUUAUAGAAAUGAACUCCAAACCUUCAGGUGAAUAUUGCUUCCCAUUAAAUGCUAGAAAAUAUGUGAAAUUAUAAACAGGCUCAAGGUCCUGGAAAGUUUUUAAAACUGA